GGGAAGUGGUUUUGGGAAAGGUAUUUUAGCUCCAUGGGAAAGAUCGCUCUUACAACAAUAAAAGUCAUCAAUGACAGGGUGUUCCGCUACACGGCUUGGCAGUAUGAGGACUGGAAUAUCCCCUUUGAGACCUUCUCAGGAAAGAAAACGGCAACUCUUCUUCCACCACUGUUUUUCCCGUUACGCCCGUACACAAAUCAAGGAUUUACGGCUGUGGUGCUAUGUUAUGACAGAGUAGACACCAUGUUCAAAGUAAUCACGAGAAUCGCUGACACCCCCAGUUUGACAAAGAUCGUUGUUGUUUGGAAUAAUGUAAAAAAGGCACCUCCCUCUGCUGCCAAGUGGCCUCAAUUAUCAAAACCAGUGAAAGUCGUCAAGACGAAGGAAAACAAGCUGAGCAACAGGUUUUUCCCAUACAGUGAGGUUGAAACGGAAGCGAUUCUUGCCAUCGAUGACGACAUUCUAAUGCUGACUCCAGAUGAACUGGAAUUUGGUUUUCAGACUUGGAGAGAGUUUCCUGACCGUCUUGUGGGAUUCCCUGGCCGUGUCCACACUACUCAGAACAACACUAAUCGGUUCAAGUAUGAGUCAGAAUGGACGAAUACUGUGUCCAUGGUACUCACUGGCUGUGCUUUUCAUCACAAG